AUGGAGCACAGAGACGAUGAUGAUGAUGAUGAUGAUGUGUCUUUUGCCAAAUGGAUGAGCAGCUUUUGGGGCCACAGCUGGAGAGAAAAGGAUGAGCGAGGACUCCGGGACCACCACCGACCACAAGAAGCCAGCUACAGGAAAGCCUCCCUGCCCUGCCCAUUUCCCGCAUUUCCCAGCAUUACGCCACCCGACUGCCACCCUAGACGACAUUCUCAUGAGGACCAGGGAUCCCGAAGCCAUCUUCCCAUGCGUUAUCACAGAAAAUGCUCAGUGGAUGGGUCAUUCAAGGAGCCAGUGGGAUCACAAAGAGGAGCUCAUUCCAAAAUACAGGAAUUUUCAGAAUCCUUUGAACAGCGCCUGUGCCUUCAAACCAAGCACCCUCCUUCUUCGGGACACAAGGGCAGGAAGGAGAGAAACGAGAGACACUGCCUAGGGAUGGACGUGAGAUCCCAUAAGAAAAUGGAGGACAGAAGGAACUCAACAAAGGAAGGACAUGGAGAUGCACCCAUGGCUCCCCUGAUUGAAAAGGGGCCUGAAUAAUGCUUUGUUUCCACAUCUCAGUGACAGAUGUCACCGGUUGUUCUGAGACCCAGUUCUUCCUCCA